CUCCUUCCCCAUACCCGAGGUGCACUUUCCCAGGACACAGAAGCCAAGAAGGACAUCAGAUGCACAGUUGGCUACUGAGGGGUACCUGCUGAAAGACCCUCUGGGCAACACAUCUGCCCCCCAGGAGGGGGAAGCAGAAGGAGGGAGGAGCCUUUACCUGCCUGGCACUGGUUGAGACUCAGCUUCUUCACUAUGGUGGACCCCAAAAGCAAUGAAUCCAAUGCCACAUAUUUUAUUUUAAUAGGUCUUCCAGGCUUGGAAGAAGCUCAUUUCUGGUUGGCCUUUCUGUUGUGCUCCCUCUACCUUAUUGCUGUGUUAGGUAACCUGACAAUUAUCUACAUUGUGCGGACUGAGCACAGCCUACAUGAGCCCAUGUAUAUUUUUCUUUGCAUGCUUUCUGGCCUUGACAUCCUUAUCUCCACUUCAUCUAUGCCCAAAAUGAUGGCCAUCUUCUGGUUCAAUUCCACUAUCAUCCAAUUUGAUGCUUGUCUGCUACAGAUGUUUGCCAUCCACUCCUUAUCUGGCAUGGAGUCCACAGUAUUGCUGGCCAUGGCCUUUGACCGCUAUGUGGCCAUUUGCCACCCAUUACGCCAUGCCACUGUGCUAACAUUGCCUCAUGUUACCAAGAUUGGCAUGGCUGCUGUGGUACGGGGUACUGCACUAAUGGCACCCCUGCCUGUCUUCAUCAAACGGCUGCCUUUCUGCCACUCCAACAUUCUUUCCCAUUCCUACUGCCUACACCAAGAUGUCAUGAAGCUGGCUUGUGCUGAUAUCCGUGUCAAUAUCAUCUAUGGCCUCAUUGUCAUCAUCUCUGCCAUUGGCCUAGACUCACUUCUCAUCUCCUUGUCAUAUCUACUUAUCCUCAAGACUGUAUUGGGAUUGACACAUGAGGCCCAAGCAAAGGCAUUUGGCACUUGUGUCUCUCAUGUAUGUGCUGUUUUCAUAUUUUAUGUACCUUUCAUUGGAUUAUCUAUGGUGCACCGUUUCGGCAAGAGGCAUGACUCCCUUCUACCCAUCAUCAUGGCCAACAUCUACCUGCUUGUUCCUCCUGUGCUCAACCCUAUUGUUUAUGGAGUCAAGACAAAGGAGAUCCGGCAGCGCAUCCUUCGUCUUUUCCAUGUGACGACCCCUACUUCAGAUCCAUAG